AUGGACAUGUCGGGCAUGGCGAUGGGCUCUAUGUCCAUGGGAGGAAUGGCCCCCCUCAUUGAGUUUCCAAAAUACUACUGGGCUGUGGUCGGUACUGCUAUCGGCGUUGCGACAGUAGUGAAUAUCUUCAACAAUGUUCUAUACAGACAAAGGCUCGCCGCGGCUCGGGCAGGCUCAGCACAACCCGCCAAACCCAAAUCAUUGCUGAUGGUGUCGAUCGCCACGACCUUUGCCCUUGCACGAGAAGCAUCCAAUUUUUCCGUACGGAUACCUAUCAAGAACAGCUUCCUGCGAUCGCCUACCAUCGGCCGCGUCUCUCUGAUACUCGCGAAUAUCGUGGUCUUACUCGUGUUGUGCUUCUAUGGAUUCGAUUUAAACGAUAGAUGGUCGAGAGAGAACAUUGGAUACCGAUGCGGAUUUGUCACCAUCGCACAGUUCCCCCUCAUAUUUCUCCUCGCUGGGAAGAAUAAUCUUGUCGGCUAUGCGACCGGUAUCAGCCACGAACGUCUGAACUGGUUGCACAGAUGGUGCGCCAGAUGCUUGCUUUUGACUGCAACUAUCCAUAUGGGCUACUUUUUCGCUGACUGGGCACCCUACGACUAUAUUGGGACGCAGCUGAGGGAAAAUACGCUGGUCUGGAAAGGAAUUGUGGCCUGGGCAGUAUUAGUUUGGAUGGUCUUCAGCUCCAUGUCUCCAAUUCGUGGCUGGUCGUAUGAGAUGUUCGUUCUACAACAUCUAGUGUCCUUUGCGGUUUUGAUCGGCUUCGUCUACAUACAUACUCCCGUGGAAGUCCAUGUCUAUAUUUGGGUACCUGUGGCGCUGUGGUGGUUUGACCGUGUCGUACGCGUUUUGCGGGUAUUGUAUGCAAAUAUCUCUUGGUUCCAUCCGUUGCAACGGAAGAAUGGGCAGAUGUCUGGGUUUUGGGCGUGCAAAGCUGAGUUCACGCCGUUGCCGCACAAGACUACACGGAUCGUCAUACGAAAUCCGCCAAUCUCUUGGACUCCGGGACAGCAUGUGUUCCUGUCCUGUCACACGAUCCUUCCGCUACAGAGCCACCCUUUCACUAUUGCGUCUAUCCCAGAAGAUGGUAUGAUGGAGUUCCUGAUCAAAGCUGAAAAUGGCGGAACGAAACAUUUAUUCAAACACGCUGAGAAGUUCCACGGCAUCCUCGCAACAUCGGACAAACCACGGACCAAGACAGUGGCCAUAGAAGGCCCAUAUGGAGCCUUAAGACCACUGCGUCAAUUUGACAGUGUGGUACUACUCGCUGGUAGUACAGGUGCUACGUUCACUGUGCCCCUACUUCGAGAUAUCCUGCAAGGGUGGAAGGAGAACACCAGCCCUGCAAAAGAUACCAACGCUGUCUUCAAAGCACAGAAAGGGGCUGUCACCCGCCAUGUCCGAUUUGUGUGGGUGGUCAAGAGCCGAGGUCAGCUUGGGUGGUUCGCUGAACAGCUUUCCUCCAUGUACUCUGACUUCCAAGCCCUGCAGACCAUCUUGAGGCACAUAAAGCUCGAGGUGACAGUUUACGUAACUUGUGACGAGACGUUCACAGAAGAACACAGGAAUAUCCUAUCAACAAUCACCGCUUCAAGGCAGUCAAAGCAUGGACUGGUUGAAAUCCGCAGUCAAUCUCCUUCGUUGGGUGAGAAAGAAAAGCUCGCUGGCGCUUUCGACGAGAUUACUGAGAUCAAAGCCACGACCGCGAAGCCUUGCGGACCCAAUGGAACAUGUUGCUGCAAGACUACGGUUGAUGAAACCUCGCCUGACAACAUCCAAACAACCUGUACAUGUCGCGGACCGAGCGACCAAGCCUCGAUCGCAAGGCCAAUAUCCAACAUAUCGUCCACUCCAUCAAGUACAGUCAAACCCCUGGUACACACUUCAUUUUCUGUGUUUGCUGGUCGGCCAAACCCAAGAGAUAUCAUCAGAAGGUCAUUAGAACAAGCUUGGGGCGAAUCAGCCGUCGUUGUGUGCGGUCCGCGAGGCCUGGUGGCAGAUGUGAAGCAAGAUGUCUGUUCGCUGAGUGAUGAGCGAGCGGUACACAAGGGAACAGGAGCACAGGACAACAUGUCAACGCACAGUUCAAGAUCAGGGGCUCCCGUCACGGUGAAGAAAGAGGCGAUGGUCGCAGCGCUUGCGGCACUUCCCAUACACAAACCUGAUGACCAACUUACCAAUCCUCACACCCAGGCAGAUGCUACUCUUGAGUCUAUAUCCGAACCAGAGUCAACGCCCCAAUUCACGCCCGAGAGCACACCUGAGACAAAGCCUUCAGCCUCACCUGCUACCUCCUCCUUCGACCAUCUUGGCAAAGUUGUUUUUGUGAAGUUAGAAGACGGAUUCGGCAAUGUCGCAGAGCGGGAACUUGACGGAACCGUUCCCGAUUCAGGCACCAAGACUGUUAGUUCAGAAAUAUCUGGCCACGCUAGCGAUGUUUUUGAGUCUAUCCAGAACCUAGUGCCGUCUCACACUGUUCGUCGUCGGGCUGCCUCGCCCAAGCCGAUGAGGGCGGAAAUGGGAAGGGUGGGAGGAGGAACGACACAGGACAACGCGCUCCCUACAAAUCGUCUUGGACCUUUUGGAGGAAUUGUGGUUUUGGCGGUUGUUGCGUCAUGUAUCGGUCUCAUCUAUGAGGGAUUUUGCCAGCUUUGCAGGUGUACAUGA